UGAGGAACUCCAGCAAGACUUCACGCAUAAAAGCUUCAGGAUAUACGCACACAAGCCUCGAGACCGCACCAGCUCCUUUCGCACACAUACAUUAUGGGACGUGCAACUAACACUAGUUGACAAGGGUACACUUGGAUAGAGAGCGCGCGCAAAGCAUGGCUUGGGUACGCACAUGUUUGUUCCUCUCUUGUGUUGGUCAGGUGUUGGCAAAUCCGCCAACCGAGACGAGGAUAUAUUUGGAUAACAUUACGCGCGUUUUGGACAGAUUAUUAGAUGGAUAUGACAACAGACUCCGACCUGGAUUUGGAGGUCCUGUCACAGAGGUUAAAACGGACAUCUUUGUCACCAGCUUCGGUCCUGUUUCUGAUGUGGAAAUGGAAUACACAAUGGAUGUGUUUUUUCGGCAAACGUGGAUAGACGACCGGCUGAAAUUUGAGGGCCCCAUUGAGAUCCUGCGUCUCAACAACCUAAUGGUCAGCAAGAUCUGGACACCGGACACUUUCUUCCGAAAUGGCAAACGUUCUAUUUCGCACAACAUGACCACUCCCAACAAGCUGUUCCGCAUCAUGCAGAACGGAACUAUUCUGUACACCAUGAGGUUAACCAUCAAUGCUGAGUGUCCCAUGCGGCUGAUCAAUUUUCCAAUGGAUGGACAUUCAUGUCCUUUGAAAUUUGGCAGCUAUGCCUACCCAAUGAGUGAGAUUGUUUACACAUGGAAGAAAGGGCCGUUAUUUUCAGUGGAGGUCCCUCAGGAGAGUUCCAGUCUGCUACAGUAUGAUCUCAUUGGACAGACGGUGUCUAGUGAGAGGCUGAAGUCAAGCACAGGUGAAUACAUAGUCAUGACGGUGUACUUCCACCUGCAGAGGAAAAUGGGUUUCUUCUUGAUCCAGACAUACAUCCCGUGCAUUAUGACUGUGAUCCUAGCACAGGUCUCCUUCUGGAUCGACAAGGAGUCAGUACCGGCCAGAACUGUGUUUGGCAUCACCACAGUACUAACCAUGACCACGCUGAGCAUUAGCGCUCGUCACUCGUUACCCAAGGUCUCCUAUGCCACCGCCAUGGACUGGUUCAUCGCCGUCUGCUUCGCGUUCGUCUUCUCAGCCCUUAUCGAGUUCGCUGCUGUCAACUAUUUCUCCACCUUGCAGGCCAAUAAGGAACUUCGGCGGGCCAACAUGGCCUGUGCUGCGACCAGAAGUGAUGGAGAAGUUGUUACGAAUCCUCUGGACCCUGCAGGUGUGCUGAAGAAAAGGCUGAACUCUCUCUCUCCAAGAGAUGCUCCUGACAGGUUCCCCAGAGCACCACAGCCUGAUCUCCAUCAGCAAGGCUCCACUGUCCCUGCCAACAACAUGCUGGCAACUAGUAUUAUUGACAAGUACUCUCGCAUCCUGUUUCCGCUGUCCUUCGGGGCCUUCAACCUGGUCUACUGGAUUGUCUAUCUCACCAAAGACACCAUGGAGUCCAGGGAAGUGUGAGCUCUGUUAGAAAUCACAGAGAAAGGGGGCUGAAGACAUGGUCAUCUAAUAAACUGGUGAAUGCAUAGAUGGAAGGAU